UUGCGGGAGAAUAUUAUGGGGGUGCAGGAAGCAAUUGACUUUCCUAAUAUAGUUCAAUCCCAAGGCCCAAAAGGACAUAGAGGACUCCAAUCCAUAACCAUAGCUUUGUUGCAUCUGGAAUCAGGCGAACUCUUCCUCCACCCUACAACAUUUAACUCUGCACUUGCUUUAAAACUAUUAUUUUAA